CUCUGGUAUCGAGAACGUGGCGUCCGUGGAGCAGCUGCAGGAGAACCUGAUCAGAGCUCUGCGCUCGCUGGUCGCCCCCGGCAACAACCACCACAACGUGGACUCGCCGCGCUUCACCAAGCUGCUGCUGAAGCUGCCCGACCUGCGAACGCUCAACAACAUGCACUCUGAGAAGCUGCUGUCCUUCCGCAUCGACGGCGUCUGAUGACCUCACCGUAUGAUGUCACUGAUGACGUCACCGCGCUCUCCGUUCACUCAGAUCAGUGUCACUUCCUGUGGUCGCUGAUGAUGAUCAAUAUAUCAUGUGGUGCUCUCCAUUGCUAUGACCUCAGCUCAUUACGUCAUCAUCAUUCAUGAUGUCAUCGAAUCGUAAAGACUGACACGGUGAUGAUGUCAUCAACAGACCUGUCAGCACACAGCUCACCGCCAAAAUAAGAGUCUGCAGUCUACAGAUUACGUCCCGACGGGCCGAGUUAAAGGAACAGUCCAACAUUUUAAGAACGCUUGUUAACUUCAGAGUAUUUAGCCUAGCUUAGCACAAAGACUGCGAGCAGGGAAACUGUUUUGGUGUUUUGGGGGAUUUUUACCAUAAAUAACAUACGACAUGUAAAUCAGACUGACUUUGAGGAUUGUUCCUCUUUUAAAGGAGUUGGCUAACAGCUUCUUUGUGCUAAGCUAGGCCAAACACCCGGUGGAAACAGGCAGCGAGAACAAGAGGAUUUAUUAAAUGUGGGACUCUUCAUCCAGAACUUCCAAACACCGCUGACACCGAGGAGAUCUUCAUCGCUCAACUGGGGAUGUUUGUUUUUGUUUGUUCCUCCAGCACCAGCCAAUAGCGCGACGGAACGCCAGUGACGGACAGCUCGUCUGUCCAAUGAGACGGAGGAGGAGGGCUGAUGUGUUUAAGUACAAUCAGACGUUACAAACAUUAUGCAGCUGAUCUUGUGUAUAAAACUGUAAAUAAAAACAAUAUCCAGUAAUGCUUGAACUGUGUGAAGAACUGUGGACACACGGAGAAACUAUACAUUAUAUUUUUUGUUAAAAUGAAUAUUACUGUAUAAAAGUGAAAAUGAGGUUUGAAACUGUAUGAAAUCAUUAAUGGAGAUAUUCUGAUGUUUGUACUUUAAUCUGUGUUUUAUGUUGUAAAGACAUUAUAUAGAAAUAUAACUAUACACAUCAGAGUCCUCAACGCCUCCUCUGUCUUUAUUCAGGCCAAAUACAGCCGAUCAAUAAUCAUUAUUAAUGUGAUUAGAUAUGAUCAUAAACCUCUUUUCUGUUUUUCACUGAUUCUUUUCAUCAAUUAACAGAUUCAGUUUCUAUUGAUCAGAG